AUGGAGUCCCCGCAGAAGAAGGCUGGAUCCAUGGAUGGCACUGGCAGCGAGAAGACGCCUCUUCCUCAUCUGCUACCGGUGACCGUGGCGAAGAAGACGCCUCGUCCGAAUGUUGUCCGAGAGGUCAGCGAGUGGGUGCUCGUGACCGCCUUCUCCUUCGCCUUCGCCUUGGUGUUCUCCUUCGGCUUGGCCUACGCACUCGAGCUCUUCCACGUCCAGUGCAGCCAGUCCUCCCUCUUUCUUCGGUGCGGCCUGCUGACGGACGCGGAGGAAGCUGUGAUGAACGCCCUAGGUAUCGGGAUGCUGUGCUGCGUCGCGCUCCAGGCGGCCGCAGCGGCGCUGGCGCUGCGUCUCCAGUGCCGCCGUCGCUGGGUCCGCCGUGCCCUCGCCUACCUCGCGCUCGCGCUCACCAUCGGCGGCCACUGCUUCUACGCCGCGCUAUCCCGCCUCUUCCUCGUCGCCGACCCAGGAGACCUCUUCUUCAGGAUCUGCUCAACCGUGGGCAUCUUCGUCUGCGCGGCGGGAGACACCAUCAGCUUCCUGGCCCUCAUCCUCGGCCGCGAGUAG